AUGCGAAUACCGUGGGGUGGAUGGCUGGCGGCGACGACGUGGCUAGCCGGGACCGUCGCGGCAGCAGAGCAGAAUGCCAAAAUAAAAUUUAUAGAGACAGACUUCCAAAACCCCGACCUUGGCGGUGAUGCCAUCUUCACCGUCCCGCCCGAGGGCUUCGGGUCCAGGAAAUUCAGAUGGACGUCGGACGACACGCCCGUGGGCGAGGUGGCACUCUUCAUCGACGGGCUGCAGCGCGACACCGUCUCUCUGACUCCCGGGGACAAGCACGCCAAGGAAACCAUCGUCCCCGCGCCGCCCGCGAACCAGGGCGGCCCCUUGGCGGGCAGAGGGCUGAUGGCCAUCGAGUUGCAGCAGAGACCGGCCAGCGCUCUCAAUUCCAUCCGAGCGUCGGCCGACGAGCACUUCAUCACCGGAAGCACAGCAUACGACGGCAAAAGCGGCUCCGUAACGAUCCUCGACCUUAACCAGGUCGCCACCAAUUUCGCGGGCGCGGUCAUGUACUUCAAGGUAACCUGGGGGUCGCAGGACGGGGCCAGCUUCAGCCGCAGGUUCACCGUCGUCUCCUCGGACAGCCCCGACAACCUGAAGAACCUCCGCAAGGACGCGACCUUCAGCGCCGGCCAGGACUCCCCCGCCUUCCCCGAGGUCACGGGCACCGCCGCCGCGACCGCGACCCCCAAGCUGCCCGCUGACGCGAGCCCGUCCGUCCAGCCCUCCUCCGGCGACGAGCCGUCGGGCCCGGGCUCGUCCGGCGGCUCCGGCUCCGGCGGGCCCAGCACCACCAGUAGCAGCAGCAGCAAAAGCAGCCGCCUCUCCACGGGAGCCAUCGCGGGCAUCGCGGUCGGGGCCGCCGUCGUGGGCAUCCUCGUCACGGGCGCCCUGAUCUGGUUCCUGAUCCGCCGUAGACGGCGCGGCGGCAGCAGCAGCCAGGGGCAGCAGCAGCAGGGCGCCGCCGCCCCCUACGCAGGGGCGAACAACCGCACCCAGGAGCUCAUGGCCGAGAAGGAGGCCGGCGCGGGCGCAGACGUGUCGCCGCACUCGCCUUACUCGGACGACGGCAACGGCAACGGCAACAUCGGCAGCGCCGCUAGCGCUCCCACAGCUGCAGCGUCCAUGAGCGGCGGGGUAGCCGGCCAGCAGCGUCAGCACGAGCGGUCGUUCACGCCGUACUCUGACGCGCAGCAGCAGCGGGGUUCUCUGGCGGGCGAUUCGCAGCACUCGCCUGUGGCUGCUCCGGGUGCGGGGAGGGCGACGCCAACGACGGCCGCGGCGCCGACGCCGACGCCGUACGGCCACUUGGUCGAGGAGGGCAUGACCGAGGACGACAUCCGGCGGCUGGAGGCGGAGGAGCGGGAGCUGGACCAGGCUAUCGAGCAGGCGGGGAGGCGCUGA